GUGACUUCAAGGUUGCUCGCAACUCUAAUUCACCCCACCAAGCAGCGGGGCAAAGAUUUCCAAGUACGAGUACUCGUCUCAGCUUGUUCUGCCAAACCUGAACCCCUCUUUUGUUCCUCCUCCUGUGUUUUUCGGGUUUCAGACUAGUUCUACUCAAUCAAAGAUCCAAACCCGCAAACAUGGUCUACACACUCACCGUCCACCUCUACGCAAACGACAAGCCCGAGUCCAUUGACCGGCUCAAGGCAAAACUCGUGGAAGCUGCACGAAUUUACCGCAAAGAUAAGGAGACCGUUGACUGGUUGGUUAUGCAAGAUGUCCACGAUCCAAGAGCCUUCACAAUUGUAGAGCGAUUCGAAAAUGAAGCAGUUGGUCUUCCCGGGCUCUUGCUGCGAGAACCCUGCUAACAUUGCUUUUUCCCGCAGAGCCAGAAAUACCACCUCGAGAACCCUUACUGGUUGACCUUUGAUCCCUACGUUAUUCCACUCCUCGACCGACCCAUGGAUCUCCGCCGACACGAGGAAUUGGAUACCAGCAAAGAUGUGGAGGUUCCAGUCUAAAUUGGGGUUACUCCUGGGCUGUGUAUAUACCGUGGUGGUAGACGCUUGCAAUAUGGCGUAUUCAAGU